GGGUUAAAAUUUAAAUAUUGUUGGAACACUCAUAAUCCUGAUUUAUGCAUAAAAAAUUCAUUUGUGAUAAUUUAUUUCGUGAAUUAAAAAUAAAAUUAAUAUGUUUUGCAUAAUGUAAAAAUAAUUUUAUGUUUUUGUAUUUUUCGAUAAUGUUUUAUUUCAAUUCUACAUAAUUCUACAUUGAUUAAAUUUCAGUUUAUGAUUUUUAUGUAAUUUUUAUGUAUUAAUAAAUUUAAUUUUAUUAAAUCUUUUUUAAUAAUAUUUAUGUAUAUGAAAUCAAAAGAAUCAAAUAAUAAGAAUUUGUUUCGUCUAUUUUUCUUUUUUGACGGACAUUUGAAAUUUAACAUACGUGAUGACGGAGAAAGAAGGAAAUGAAUAUGUUAUAGCUGAAAUUAUUGGUAAAUCUGAAAAAAUGGGAGAAAAUUUAACAAACGAAGAUGCAUCUGCCAGUUUUGAAACAAUUCAUUCAGAAACACCGUUAGUUCGAAAUGGAGUUCAAAUUAAUUCUAAGGACAAAGCAAAAAUAUUUAAUUUUUCAGUUGAUAUUUUGUUAAAAGCAACUGGCAACGCACCAAUAAUGAAACAAAAAAAGUGGUCUGUCAGCCAAGAUUAUUGUAUUGGUCGUAUUUCUGAUUUUAUUAGAAGAUAUCUUAAAUUAGAUUCAAAUGAAAAAUUGUUUCUAUAUGUAAAUCAAACAUUUGCUCCUGCACCAGAUCAAGCAUUGAAAAAUUUAUACGAUUGUUAUGGUGCAGAUGGAAAAUUAAUAUUACAUUAUUGUAAAAGCCAAGCUUGGGGUUAAAAUUAUGCUUAUAUCAUAAUUUUAUGAAUUAUUAUAUAAAUAUAUUAUAUGUAUAUUAUA